UGUAUUUCUGAUUUUUUCAAGCCCUCAAAGAAAAGUAAAGUACAAACUCAUCUUAAGCUUCACUUUUCUAGGGCAGUCGUCCAUGAAGAUUAUACAAUCCACCGGUGUGGUCUAGGUUGUGUGUCACAAUUACACUACCAUUGUGUAUAUUCUUCCUCAAUAAAAAUCCGACGUGACACUUUGUGGCCCACUUGAAAGGCUGUAAGACUGCUAGUAAAUUAACCACCAUUCCUGAUGUGGCUCCCUUUACUGCUAGUAGGUCCUUCAUAAAAACACAACUACGAAACAGCAUAGUUGUUAAAGCAAAUUGCCCUCAUUGUCACAUUACUAUUCAAAAAAAAAAAUUUAAGAAAACAUCUGGAGAGGAAACACACAAAAUCUAGGGACGACAUUACAGCAAGCCAUCACCUUUAUUCUGAUUGCAUAGACCGAGCUAAUGGUGUCUAUGCAGUCCAGAAACAUUGUUUUUCUUCGAGUGUUCCACUCCAUGUUGUGUACAAAAUCUGGGGAGCGGAGGAGAAUGUAAGAUGUGAGUUUCCAUCCUGUCAAGUGGAGAUGGACUUAGCCAGGAGGAGUGGACUAAGCCACUACAAAAGCCAUCACCUAUUGUGGGUCCUUUGCUGAUGAUCCUUCUCUUUCAGAAAGUACCCUGACAGAAAUGGUCAGGCUUAAAUGGUUUGGCAGUGAAAGAAAGAAAGAUUGCCUACAGAGACAAAGCUUGGCCACCCAAGACAACAAACCCUUGUCUGUAGCGACAAAGGUGACAAUGCCAUCUUUAAAGAGGUGCAUUUCAGUGUAUGAGCCACAUGCAUCAUAUUAUGCCCAACUUGGAAGAAUAAUGGUCACAUAUGAUGUAAAGCUGAACUCCUGGCAUUGUCCUUGUGCCAGGUCAAGAAGUUCCUGCCUCCGUAAAUAUAUUGCUAAAUAGCACCUGUUCCAGACUGAACAUCAGCUUUUCAGGACCGUUCAAAGCACAGAUCAGACCACUCAAGUUCAUGAAAGUGUAGAUGACGCAGGCCUACUGUACCCCCCAACAAAAGAGCUGGAAUCUAUGAUUCGGUAUGUCAUGAACAACAAGACCAUCCCUGCAGCUCUUCCUGAGCACCUGCGUCUGCCUUCAUUUUCAAGCACAUACCCAACUAGCCUCAUUCCCGAUGAGAUGUGCUGGAAAUUUACCUUUAUCAGACCCUCUGCUCAUCACAUCAAAGGCCAAAAUUCUUACAAAUACAAGAACUAUCCAUGACGUUGCCACCUACUCAAAAUGUUGCCACCAGUGUGGAAUCCACUCCAGGUAUCAAGAGUGGAAAGAUGGCCUGCAUAAUUUUAAUGACAUGCUACAGGUCCACACUGCUGUUGGGAGAGUGGUUCAGUGUCUGGAGGUCACUAUAGGGGAACAGUUUCCUCCAGCCAAAACAGUGCUCCAUGCCUAUCUCCAUUUUGAGGCACUCACAGGUCACGAGUAUGAAUACUCUUGUGUGACAUGUGGGGAUCAUCCACCCAUUGUCAUCAUGGAUCUCCACAGAAAAGGAGCAUUCAACAUGUCAUUGAGUGACAUCAAACCACCACAAAAGGAUUUCAAUGGACACAUGGAUAUGGAUUACUUUUGGGAUAAACUGGCCCUGCAAAUGAUUGGUCGUGGCUUUGUAAAAAAGUUCCAAAAAAUCCACCAACCCAAAAAAGCUGAGCUUUGCGAAAUAACUGUCUCUGAAGAUAGACUUAAAAAUGAGCUUUAUAAGAAAAAGGUAUCAGUGAUAAGGAAACUGUGCAGGGAAUGUGGUAUUGAUGCCAUUGGCUCAAAAAGUGACCUCUUAGAGAGGCUUUCAUCUGAGAUGAUAUCUAGACAGACUUACGACAAAGUAUUCGAACAGAUUUGGGGUGCCUCUGGUAUGUUUGUGACUGCCACUUUACCUUUGUAGGCCUUAUACUUUUAUUACUGCUGCCUGACAUAGAUGUUUUUGUCCUAGGAGGAAGGGCUG